UCAAUGUUCGAGUGAAAUCUCAAUAGAUCAUAUUUCUACUUUUUAUCAUAACCUGUUUUUGUUUUGAUUUUUGUGUGGUAAAUGAAGCCUGGUAAUUAUUUUUUGUUAAAUUCGUAGCAUCGCAUCAAAUGUUAACUAAUUCAAGAUGAAAAUCAUUGUGCUGUUAGCGGUUGUCGGCGCUGCAUUAACCGUCCCGAUUGAUUACUAUACGACAGCUGAUGAUAAUCUGGAUAUGAAGGCAGUGGUCAGCGAUUCAGCGAAGCUCAAAGCCAUGACUGACUGCUUCCUGGAUAGAGGCGAUUGUGAUGAAGUUACAAUGAGUUACAAAAAAAUACUUCCUGAUAGCAUGGAACACUCGUGCACGCGUUGUAACGACGCUCAGAAGCAUUUGGCCACUACAUACAUUAACGGUUUGCUCUCGAACGCUCCAGCUGACUACGACAGCUUCCUAAAGAAAUUUGACCCUGAUGAAAUAUACAGGACCAAAUUUAUGGAAGCUGUUAAAGGCUUUUAAACAUUGUUAAUGUCAAGAAAUAAAUCAGUUUCGCAUU